AUGUUAUUCCCUAAACGUCUAAUUGUAUGGGGUGUUCUUUUGAUUUUAAGUUUGUCUCAAUUUAUACUCUACUUGCCAGCUACAACGUGUACAACUUCUAAGGGACUCCGGUUAUGCGCCCCGCAGUUUACUAUAACUGUUAUCGGAGGAUCCAGUACAGCGAAUGAGUUUAUAGCAAGUGUAAGAGAAUUUCUGCGAUUGAUUUCGUACCUGACAAUUGACAUGGGUUGGUCGAAUGAAUUCACCGAUCCAAGCGUGUAUGAGGAUGAAAAUUUGGUAGACACUUUUCAGCCUGAUAAGGUUUUUGAGCUUAAUUAUUUUGGAUUUUGUAAACGCAGUAAUAAAAGCAAAAUUUAUUGCACCUCCAAUGAGAAUUAUGGUAUGGAUGUACUUGAAGUACUUGUCAGAGACGUCGGGAUCCAAUUAGGUAACAUUUCCACGACACGAUCAAACGAAACCAAAAAAUUUGGUGACUCUCUCGUAUUGACAUACCGUUUGGCAUUGACAUCUAUUCGUGAUUUUUUAAAACACGACAAACAUUCUGGAAAUGCCCUAUCAAAGGCCUUGAUUGGUACUCCCGAUUCAAAUGUAAAAGACUCAUCACCAACAAAAAACUAUCUGAAAGGCGUCAAUCUGGCAUUUAUACUAAUGAUGUUCAACGGCAUGGUUUUUUACUUUGCAGUGUUAGAAAUCAUAGUCGGAUUUCUCAGUAUCUGCGUAGUGUCAGCCUUUGGAGGAGCACUCAGCGUCGGAAAGCGGCACCGCUUAUUCCCUAUGCUUUUGAAGUCAUCAAGCUCAAUAUUAGUAGUUUUAGCUACAUUGACAACGUUAUGUAACAUCGUAUAUUUGGUUGCGUUGAAAACUUUAGAACCUGAAGACGUAUCAGAGGGAGGAUCUGACAACGCUACCCCACACACUACAGGCUGGGAAUUAUUAAAAGUCAACGUAGGAAGCGGGUUCAUUAUGGGGCUUGCCAGGUAUGCCAUUCAAUGGGUCCUAUUGGUACUCGCAUUUCUUGCAGCAAAUCAUUACAAGGCCAAGCCUAAAAAGUCUGAUAAGUACGCAGAAGACGUAUCUCUCUCCCCUUCUUCAGACUUGAUGGAGAAGUAA